CUCUCUGGGACCUCGGGGCCCAGCUAUGGUGGCUGUACAAGGUCCUGGAAUCAGGCGGCCCCAAUUUCAGUUCCCCCUUUGCUGCUUCCCUGCAGUGUGAACCUGGGCUUCAGCUUCCUUCUUGGCCUGGGAUCUGCACAGCAUUGAGGGAUCCAGGAGUCACCCUUGAGACCACCAGCAACCUUGACCUAGUCCCAGGUCCAGCCAGCCCUACCAUGACAAAGAUGUAUCAAGAUCUUCAGUAUCUGGACAACGAGGAGGAUCAUCAUCAGAUCAGACAAGGGCCGCGUCCUCGCCAGCCACUGUUUCAGCGCCUCUGCUCCGGACCCCGCCUCCUCCUGCUCUCCAUGGGCCUCAGCCUCCUGCUGCUGGUGGUUGUCUGUGUGAUUGGAUCCCAGAACUCCAAGCUGCAGGAGGAGAUGCAGGUCCUGAGAGAGACAUUCAGCAACUUCACAGUGAGCACAGAGGCCAAGGUCAAGGACCUGCAUACCCAGGGAGGAAGUGUGGGCAGAAAGGUGAAGUCCCUGGAGUCCCAACUGGAGAAACAGCAGCAAGACCUGAGUGAAGAGCACUCCAGCUUGCUGCUCCAUGUGAAGACCUUUAUGUCUGAUUUACGAAGCCUGAACUGUCAGCUAGCCAUCCUCCAGGGCAAUGGCACUGAAAAGAACUGCUGCCCUGUUAACUGGGUGGAGCAUGAAGGCAGCUGCUAUUGGUUCUCUCGUUCUGCAAAGUCCUGGCCCGAGGCUGAGAAGUAUUGCCAGCUGGAGAACGGGCACCUGGUGGUGAUUGGCUCCAAGGAGGAACAGAAAUUUGUCCAGCACCACAUGGGCUCUAUGAACACCUGGAUGGGCCUCACAGACCAAAAUGGGCCCUGGAGAUGGGUGGAUGGGACAGACUACGAGAAGGGCUUCAAGAACUGGAGACCAGAGCAGCCGGAUGACUGGUUCGGGCAUGGGCUUGGGGGAGGCGAGGACUGUGCCCACUUCACAAGUGAUGGCCGCUGGAAUGAUGAUGUCUGCCAGAGGUCCUACCGCUGGGUCUGCGAGACAAAGCUGGACAGGGACAGCUAGGGGCCUCCUCUCCCCUAAUUUAUUUCCUUAAUGCCUUCACCUGUCCAAGGGCCCUCCUUUGGGGAUCCUCCUAUCUGGGGUCCUCCUGCACAUUCUUGAGGAUUUUUACCUAGGAUUUUAAGGGAAGGGAGAGAAUGGUGUCUGAGGAAUGCAGAAUGAUAUUCGGAGGGGGUGGGGAGAUGAAACCCAUGUCACUUUC